AUGGCUGUGGCUGAGUCUGAGAUUGAACUCACUUGUUACACACAAGCAUCCAAGUCUCCCUACUGGCAGCAUGCCAUUUUAAACCAAUUCAAUGCUCUUCUUGAACAAAGAACAUGGUCUCUUAUCCCCUCUUCUUCCCAUCAAAACAUAGUCAGCUGUAAAUGGAUAUUCAAAAUCAAACGAUUUAAAGCAUGUCCUAUCGCCAAAGGGUUUCAUCAGCAGUCUGAGAUCAAUUAUUUUGACACGUUUAGUCUAGUGGUCAAGCUGACCACUAUUCUCACCAUUAUGAGCAUUGCUAUUUCUUGUGGGUAG